CCUCUCUCUCUCUCUCUCUUUCCAUAAAUUAAACUUAAAACCUCUCGUUACAGUAACACUUCACUAACUUAUAUCUAUAUUAUUUCCACUUCCACAACUUCGAAAAAGGACCUCCCUUGUAUUUUUCCUCUUUUCUCUCGCCUCUCUCCUUUUUCCAUCUGGGGUUCUUUGUUUGUGGGUUCUUUAUGGCCAUUUUCUUACUGCUUUUGCUUUUGCUUGUCUCUGCUGUUUCCGGUGAUGAAGAUGCCUACAUUGGUGUGAACAUUGGUACGGACCUUUCGGACAUGCCAACUCCUACUGAAGUGGUGGCCCUUCUCAAGGCUCAGAGAAUAAGACAUGUCAGACUUUAUGAUGCUGACCAAGCCAUGCUCCUUGCGCUUGCCAAAACAGGUAUCCAGGUGACUGUCUCUGUCCCCAAUGACCAACUCCUCGGUAUCGGUCAGUCAAAUGCCACUGCAGCUAAUUGGGUGGCUCGCAAUAUUGUAGCCCAUGUCCCUGCCACCAACAUCACAGCAAUAGCUGUCGGAUCUGAAGUUCUAACAGCACUCCCGAAUGCUGCUCCCAUUCUAGUUUCUGCCUUAAAGUUCAUCCACUCUGCCCUUGUAGCUUCUAAUCUCGACGAUCAAAUCAAAGUCUCUACACCACAUUCUUCUUCAAUUAUUUUGGACUCUUUUCCACCUUCACAAGCUUUCUUUAACCGUUCAUGGGAUCCAGUCAUGGUUCCAUUGCUAAAAUUUUUGCAGUCUACAGGGUCGUACCUCAUGCUCAAUGUAUAUCCGUAUUAUGAUUAUAUGCAAUCAAAUGGCAAGAUCCCAUUGGACUAUGCACUUUUCCGUCCUCUUCCUCCUAACAAAGAAGCCGUGGAUGCUAACACACUCCUGCAUUAUACUAAUGUCUUCGAUGCUGUUGUUGAUGCAGCAUAUUUUGCAAUGUCUUAUUUAAACUUUACCAACAUUCCGAUUGUAGUAACUGAAUCUGGUUGGCCUUCUAAGGGUGAUUCUUCUGAGCCUGAUGCUAUAGUUGAUAAUGCUAAUACAUACAACAGUAACCUGAUCAAGCAUGUGCUUAACAACACUGGGACUCCUAAACACCCUGGGAUUGCAGUUAGUACAUACAUCUAUGAGCUUUACAAUGAAGAUUUGAGACCUGGGUCUGACUCGGAAAAAAACUGGGGGCUAUUUGAUGCCAAUGGAAUACCAGUUUAUACUUUGCACUUGACAGGUGCUGAUACUGUUUUUGCGAAUGACACUACAAACAAAACUUUUUGCAUUGCAAAGCGGGGUGCUGAUCCAAAGAUGUUACAAGCAGCUCUUGAUUGGGCUUGUGGACCAGGGAAAGUUGAUUGCUCUCCUUUGCUGCUGGGGCAUCCAUGUUAUGAGCCCGAUAACGUGGCUUCCCAUUCAACUUAUGCUUUCAAUGCGUAUUACCAGCGGAUGGCCAAAUCUCCAGGGACCUGUGAUUUCAAGGGGGUGGCUACCAUCACUACAAGUGAUCCAAGUCAUGGUUCGUGUAUAUUUCCUGGAAGUUCCGGAAAGAAUGGAACUUUAAUUAAUGGCACAUCGCUGGCUCCUUCAUCAAAUGACACAAGUUCUGCCCGCCCACCACAAUCCUAUGGCACUGGUUCUUUCACAACCUCUGUGAUGAUAGGUGUUUUACUUACAGGUGCUGUUUUCUUGUAGAACUUAUUUGUACUCACCCAUUGGUUUGAGCAAUAUAUCAGAAAAUCCGAUUCUCUCUGAUGGGACACGUGUAGCAUAUCAGAUUUUGUUUCUCCUACAUGAGUGAAGGAUGGCAAAGUAUUACAGAAGCGGACAGCAAGUAGUUUUAAAGAAGAGUUGUUCAUUGGCAUUGGAAUUUUUUGUACAAACAAAGCAAAGAAUUAUUCAAUAUGAAGCGGUGUAUCAAUUAUAUAUAUGUUAUUGAGAUAGGUAGAGUGGGUUGUAUUCUUUGGACUGCAUUUCAAUUUGUGGUUCAAGAAUUUUAUUUCAUCAAUAUAUUUUGUUGAGGUUCUGAUA